UCUUGACCAUCUCCAUCCAUCCAUGGAUAGAUUUUUGUUUUCAAGUUCUUAAAUUUUCAUCAUACGUAUAAAAUAGACAUGUACCCCUAGUUGUUGUUGCUGCUGCUCAUGUUCUGUCGCUGUAGUUGCUGUUGCUGUUGAGUCUUUGACAGAAAUGUAAAACCACGCGUUCUUCUUUUUGUUUUUCCACAACAUCGAGCUUUGAUUCUGACUCUAUCAAAAGUUGAAACCCAUUUUUGCAUCCAUCUUCUGUUUACCAUUCAACACUGUUUUUAGAGAAAGUGACAUAAGACUUCAACACUUUUUUGUCCGUACGUACUUGAAGGUUCAACUGUCUUCUGGAUAGAUACUUCUUUAAAUUCUGGUUCAUGGCUUCUUAUAUAAAAAGCCAACAACUGGAGUUACAAUAUUUAUUCUUAUCUCAAUUCAGUUUGUUUAAUCUUAAAAGAGAGAUUGUGAAAUCUUAUCUCUUCGGAGUUUGGAUAUACAUUGAAGGUUGUUUGAAGAAAUUAUAGUGUUUUUUUGUUGAUUUGUGUAUAUGGGUUUGUCACUAUCCUUGCUGGUUUCAACUUGUAAGGAAAUUAUUAAAAACCAAUAUUCGGUUAUAGAGGAUAACCAUGUCGAAACAGUUCAUGUGAGAUCUUUUAGUUUAGAUGGAAAUGAACCUGAGAUGAUGCUGAGAACACUAAGUUUUAAGAUGAAUGAUUCUGAGGGUACUGUUAUGGAUGAGUCUGAUAAAAAUAAUAUGGCUAUUGAGGAAUCAAUAAGCUUCAAACACUCGAAGAGUAAUGAGGCGUCGAAGCUGAACACAACUUUUUCAUUCAAGAAUCUAGUCCUUGAAAAUAACAAUGCAGGGAUGACUUCAAAGAACAGCGACAAAACUGUUCUGAAGUCCGGUGAGUCUCAUAAUGUGAUCAAUGAAGAGUCAAUAAGCUUCAGGAAAGAGGAAAAUCAACCAUUGAGGCUCAAGACUACACUUUCGUAUGAAAAUCUGGUUCUUGAUAGUGCAAACUUCAUACAACCGGCUGCUUUGAAGACCAGGGAACAGAACUCACUCAUUGCACCAAAAGGUCCAAAGCUCAUAAUUCCCGUUGUAGAGCCAACAAUAUUUUUUUCUCCAAGACCUGUCAGCGAACUUGAUGCUGCUGCGGUUAAGCUUCAGAAAGUCUAUAAGAGUUACCGGACUAGAAGAAAUCUUGCAGAUUGUGCAGUUGUGGUGGAGGAGCUUUGGUGGAAAGCAUUAGACUUUGCUGCUCUCAAACAAAGUUCGGUAUCUUUCUUCAACAUUGAGAAACCAGAAACCGCUGUUUCACGAUGGGCACGUGCAAGGACAAGAGCUGCCAAGGUUGGAAAGGGCUUAUCCAAGGACGAAAAGGCGCAAAAACUAGCCUUACAACAUUGGCUUGAAGCUAUUGACCCACGACAUCGGUAUGGACACAACUUACAUUUCUACUAUGAUGUGUGGUUCGGAAGCGAGAGCAGUCAACCAUUCUUCUACUGGUUGGAUGUUGGAGAUGGCAAAGAAGUAAACCAUGAGCGAUGCUCAAGAAACGAUUUGCAACGUAAUUGCAUCAAAUAUCUUGGACCCAUUGAGAGGGAAGCGUAUGAGGUAGUUGUACAAGGCGGGAAGCUUGUUUACAGACAGAGCCGGUUGUUUGUGGAUACUGUUGAGGGUUCUAAAUGGAUAUUUGUUCUUAGCACAUCAAGAAAAUUGUAUAUAGGACAAAAGAAGAAAGGUGCCUUUCAACACUCUAGUUUUCUUGCUGGUGGAGCUACAACGGCUGCUGGAAGAUUGGUUUCCCAUAAUGGUGUCCUCCAGGCAAUAUGGCCCUACAGUGGACAUUAUCUCCCCACUGAGGAGAAUUUCAAGGAAUUCAUCAGCUUCCUGGAGGAUCACUUCGUAGACCUGACCAAUGUAAAGAGGUGUGCUGUGGAUGACGACUAUCCUUAUAGAACUAAGGAUACGGAGACGAAACAAGAGGCAGUACUGGAAGCUCCAACAGCAACCGCACUGCCGGUAGAAAAAGAUGCAGUUACGGACAAUGAGCCCUCCAAAAAUAAAGAAGACGGUGUGGAAGUCGAAGCAACAAAUGUGGAAGUACCCGCCAAGAAUGUUGAUGUAGCCUCCAAGAAUGUUGAAGUACCCGCAUUUAGUUUUGGAAAACGUUUAUCGUGCAAAUGGAGUACAGGAGUUGGACCUCGUAUUGGUUGUGUCAGAGACUACCCUAGCGACCUUCAAUUCCAGGCACUGGAGCAAGUUAAUCUAUCUCCUAGAGUCGCAUCUGGGACCAUUCGGAAAAACGGUCCAAUCCCUUCACCCCGACCGAGCCCCAAAAUCCGACUUUCUCCUAGACUUGCAUACAUGGGACUCCCUAGCCCUAGGAUGGUCUCCACACCUACACCAGCUAACUAGAAUUCAUAUCACAACAUCAUAGAGAAUUUGUUACAUCCUUAGAACAAUCUUUUUCCUUCCAUUUUUAACUAAAUAAUAAAGGAAGAGAUGAAGGGACUAACCCAACAUUCCUUUUUAUAGGUCUUGCUUGACCUUACUCAUCUUUUCUUACCUAGAUUCUUUUAUUUUUCUGGAUUUUAACCUAUUUUUUCUUGUAAAGCAGGUACCAAUUGUUAACCAUGUAUAAUGUAAUGUAAUUUGAAAGAAGAAUUGUUUUUCAAAUGUCCAUUUGUUUCUUCUUCAUUGCUCAGUCAAUGUGACAAAUUUGCAAUGACUUAGAAUAGGUU